GCUGGGGCAGGAGAAGGAGGAGGAGCGAGCAAGCAAGCGAACAGGGAGGGAGGAGGCGAGCUGUCAAAAGGAGCCGAGCAGGAAGCUGCGAGUGAAGCCCUUAGGUCGCACCAGCAGUCGUGUGGCAAGGAGGGAAAGACAGCAGCAGCAGCAGUAGCCUUUCACCCGGGAGGAGGUGGGUAAUAACAGUAACUGAAGGCCGAAAGCAUGAGUAGGAUCCUGACGGUGAAGACCAGCGCCUUUGGCGACCAGAAGCCGGGCACCAGCGGCCUGAGGAAACGGGUCAGCGUCUUCCAGGGGCAGAAGAACUACGCGGAGAAUUUCAUCCAGAGCAUCCUGUCGGCGGCGGUGUCCGAUCCGGCCGAGCGUCAGUGCGCCGUCCUGGUGGUCGGAGGAGACGGCCGCUUCCACAACAAACAUGUCAUCCAGCUCAUCAUCCAGAUGGCGGCGGCCAACGGGAUUGGACACUUAGUAAUUGGACAAAAUGGGAUUCUCUCAACUCCAGCUGUAUCCUGCAUUAUCAGAAAAAUAAAAGCCAUUGGAGGAAUUAUUCUGACAGCUAGUCACAACCCUGGUGGACCUGAUGGAGAUUUUGGGAUCAAGUACAAUAUUUCUAAUGGAGGUCCAGCUCCAGAGGCAGUCACAGAGAAGAUCUUCCAGCUCAGCAAAACCAUUGAAGAAUAUUCUAUCUGCCCAGAUCUGAAAGUUGACCUAACCACAAUUGGAAAACAGCAGUUUGACUUGGAAAACAAGUUCAAGCCAUUUACAGUGGAGAUUAUGGAUUCAGUGGAGGCCUAUACUAACAUGCUUCGGAACAUCUUUGAUUUUAAUGCCUUGAAGGAGCUACUUUCUGGCCCAAAUCAGUUGAAGAUCAGAUUGGAUGCCAUGCAUGGAGUCAUGGGUCCUUACGUUAAGAAGAUUUUGUGUGAAGAACUUGGGGCCCCUGCAAACUCAGCAGUGAACUGCGUACCUCUUGAAGACUUUGGUGGACACCAUCCUGAUCCGAAUUUGACAUAUGCUGCAGACCUCGUGCAUGCAAUGCAGACAGGAGACUAUGACUUUGGAGCUGCAUUUGAUGGUGACGGUGAUCGGAACAUGAUCCUUGGAAAACAUGGAUUCUUCGUAAACCCAUCAGAUUCUGUGGCUGUGAUUGCUGCAAAUAUCUUCACUAUUCCGUACUUUCAACAGACUGGCGUACGUGGGUUCGCUCGCAGCAUGCCCACUAGUGGAGCACUGGAUCGGGUUGCCAAAGCUACAAAAAUAGCCUUAUAUGAGACUCCUACUGGUUGGAAGUUCUUUGGAAAUCUGAUGGAUGCCAACAAACUUUCCCUUUGUGGAGAAGAAAGCUUUGGUACCGGAUCUGACCACAUUCGUGAGAAAGAUGGUCUGUGGGCAGUGCUUGCCUGGCUGUCCAUUAUCGCCAAAUGCAAACAAAGCGUGGAAACAAUCAUGCAGGAACAUUGGCAGAAAUAUGGUCGCAAUUUUUUCACCAGGUAUGACUACGAAGAAGUAGAUGCUGCAGCAGCGGGUAAAAUAAUGAAGGAUCUGGAGACUCUAAUGUCAGAUCGUGCUUUCAUUGGUCACAAGUUCACAGUUUGUGAGGAAGAGUAUAUUGUGGAUAAGGCUGACAAUUUUGAAUAUUGUGACCCUGUUGAUGGCAGCGUCUCAAGAAACCAGGGAUUGAGAAUCAUUUUCACAGAUGGAUCACGCCUUGUCUUCAGAUUAAGCGGUACUGGCAGUGCUGGAGCAACCAUCAGAAUUUAUAUCGAUAGCUAUUAUAAAGAUGCUUGUAAAAUCUUCAAUGAGCCACAGGUGAUGCUCUCCCCUCUGAUAAAAAUUGCUUUGAAGAUUUCUCAAAUUCAUGAGCGAACAGGCCGCACCAGCCCUACAGUGAUCACUUAAAAGACUAAACCUGUUAAGUCAGAGGAUAAAGUAUCAAAAGAAGAAUAACUAAAGGAUAAACCUGAAAAAUGUGAACUGUUAAUGUAAACCACCAUCUCCUAGUCCAUGUUCAAGGUUUCAAAUAUUGUAGAAAGACAAAGCUAUUCAGAAAAAUGACCAUGAACUAGGAUUAUUAAAAUGUAAUAAAAUAUAAAUAUAUAUAUAAAUAUA